AUGGGUAUCAAGAAUCUCAUUGCAGUAGUGGUUCUUAUGAGCGUUCUUGGAAUUUCGGUUUCCAAGCCACUGGGUCUGCGCCUCGACUACUACCGCUCCAAGUGCCCAGACGCAGAGGCCAUCGUCCAACGAGUGACUUACCAGUAUGUUUCUCGGCAACCGAGCCUUGCAGCAUCUCUUCUCAGGAUGCAUUUCCAUGACUGCUUUGUCAGAGGAUGUGAUGGUUCUGUUCUGCUAAAAUCUCCAAAUAAAGACGCUGAAAGAGACGCUAUCCCCAACCUGUCCCUGCGGGGCUAUGAAGUGGUUGACGCCGCCAAGUCUGCGCUUGACAAGAAGUGUCCCGGCUUGGUUUCUUGCGCCGACGUUCUUGCUUUGGUCGCCAGAGACGCUGUCUCGGUGAUAAGAGGACCCUUCUGGCCAGUUCCAUUGGGCCGAAGAGAUGGACGCGUCUCGAGUGCUUCAGAGGUUUUCCUUAACUUGCCAUCCCCAUUCGCCAACAUAGCCGUUCUGAAACAGAACUUCUUGGCCAAGGGCCUCAACGCUAAAGACCUUGCUGUCCUGUCGGGGGGUCACACCAUUGGAAUAUCUCACUGCAGUAUCAUACACAACCGUAUAUACAACUUCACGGGAAAAGGGGACUCGGACCCUACGAUGAACCCUAGCUACGUCCGGACACUGAAGAAGAGGUGCAACCCGAACGAUUUCACGACCAUAGUGGACAUGGACCCAGGAAGUGGGAAGACAUUCGACUCUCACUAUUUCAACGUGGUGGCUCAGAAAAAAGGCCUGUUCACGUCGGAUGCCACCCUUCUGGAUGACCCAGAGACCAAAACCUACGUCCAGACUCAGGUCUCGACGGGUGGAUCUUCCUUUGCUAAGGAUUUUGCAGAAUCCAUGGUCAAGCUUGGAUCCACCGGAGUUCUUACAGGCAAAGCUGGUGAGAUCCGUAAGAAAUGUGCUUUCGUUAACUGAGCUUCGAUCCAUUCGUUCAUUCUUGUGUUUGUUGUUCCUCCUCUAAUGUCUUGUUUGAAAAAACAAAUGAGUUCUGAUUCUCUGAGUCUUUUGGUUUGGAAUGUAAUGUUAUGU